AUGAGUUUUGAUUUUACAUUAUCUAAUAAAACUACAAUUCAAUUCACUUUUUGUUAUCAUGAAAUUUUUGUUUUGCAAAACUUUCCUCCUUCACAUAUUUUUCUAAAAGCUGCAGAGACAAAAGUGCUUAUUCAAACACAUAAAAAAGUGAAAACAAAAAUUAAUGUAGCUACUAUUUUGAAAAUAAGAAUCGGAAUCAACAACGAUUACAUAAGAACUUAUGCUAAGCAGAACAAAGAAAUAGCUGGCAAAAGAAGUAUCAUCGUUGAAGAUCUUUGCGAAGUUGUUUUUCCUUUGAAACACAGAAAGAAAGUCUUCUUUUUGGAAAUGUUAGACUUGUUCUCAUGA